GAGGCGGCCGAAGUUGAGAUACACAAGGGUAGCGUUGUACUUAUCCGCAAGCCCAACACUCACUCCCCGCUUGCCAGUUGCCCUAACCCUAGAUCCAAGGGCCUCUCUCUCUCUCUCUCUCGUUUUUGUUUUUCGCAGACUCCUCCGCCUCAACCUCGCCUUGCUCCAUCUCUCUCUCGUGCUCAACAAGCUUCAGGAACAUGGGUGAAGUCAGGGACAACGAAGCUUACGAGGAAGAACUUCUCGACUACGAAGAGGAGGACGAGAAGGCCCCUGACUCCGUCAACAACAAGCCCUCUGGCGAAUCCGCCAAGAAGGGUUAUGUUGGAAUUCACAGUUCGGGAUUCAGAGAUUUCCUGUUGAAACCGGAGCUUCUCCGAGCCAUCGUAGAUUCAGGAUUUGAGCAUCCGUCAGAAGUGCAACAUGAAUGCAUCCCUCAAGCUAUCUUAGGAAUGGAUGUCCUCUGUCAAGCAAAGUCGGGGAUGGGGAAAACUGCUGUUUUCGUUCUAUCUACUCUGCAGCAAAUUGAACCUGUUGCUGGCCAAGUUGCUGCCCUUGUCCUUUGUCAUACAAGAGAGCUGGCUUACCAGAUCUGUCACGAAUUUGAGAGGUUCAGUACGUAUUUGCCUGAUAUUAAGGUUGCCGUCUUCUAUGGUGGUGUCAACAUUAAGGUUCACAAGGAUUUACUGAAGAAUGAAUGCCCUCAUAUUGUUGUGGGAACGCCUGGAAGAAUACUGGGUCUUGGAAGAGAUAAGGACCUCGGCUUAAAGAAUGUGAGGCAUUUUAUCCUUGAUGAGUGUGACAAGAUGCUCGAGUCACUCGAUAUGAGGAAAGAUGUGCAGGAGAUUUUUAAGAUGACCCCUCAUGAUAAGCAAGUUAUGAUGUUUUCAGCUACCCUCAGCAAAGACAUCCGCCCGGUUUGCAAGAAGUUUAUGCAAGAUCCAAUGGAAAUUUACGUGGAUGAUGAGGCCAAAUUGACUCUUCAUGGUCUAGUACAGCAUUACAUUAAAUUGAGCGAGCUUGAGAAAAACCGCAAGCUGAAUGACCUCCUUGAUGCAUUGGAUUUCAACCAAGUUGUCAUUUUUGUCAAAAGUGUCAACAGAGCAGCUGAACUGAACAAGUUACUUGUGGAGUGCAACUUUCCUUCUAUUUGCAUCCAUUCUGGAAUGUCUCAGGAAGAAAGGUUGACACGCUACAAGAGUUUCAAGGAGGGGCACAAAAGAAUUCUUGUGGCGACUGAUUUAGUUGGAAGAGGAAUUGACAUUGAACGAGUGAACAUUGUUAUCAACUAUGACAUGCCUGAUUCUGCUGACACAUACCUGCAUCGUGUUGGUAGAGCUGGUCGCUUUGGCACCAAGGGGCUUGCAAUUACGUUUGUCGCUUCUGCAUCCGACUCUGAUGUUCUCAAUCAGGUUCAGGAAAGGUUUGAGGUGGAUAUCAAGGAACUUCCAGAGCAAAUUGACACUUCUACGUACAUGCCAUCUUGAUCGAAAUUUGUUUUGGUCGGCUUGGAGUAAUUUUAUCUGAGCAUGGUUCAAAUAUCACGGGCUGAAAAGUUACUUGGGCGACCGCGCUGUUUUGAUGUAGAGUACCGAAAGCAGCUGUAGAGCUAGUGUGGAGAGAGAGGGGGGAAGGCUGUUAUCUUUUUGUUUUCCAGCAUUCUAGCACGUUUGAUUGUAUUUUAAACUUGGAAGAUGUAGGGAUUUGGAAACUAGGACCAUCUGAAUAUUUCAUGUCAUGCCGUAAAAACCUGGUGCCCUAUCCAUUUUAUGUUCUCACAUUGCAUAAGUCAUUUUUUCAUCA